CUGGAGUCCGCCUUUGACUUUGAUGGAAGAACACCUACUCAUAGGCAAGUGUAGCUCCAUUGCAUUAUCAUCGCAAUGUCAUUUUUAUACCAUGUAACACGCGUCCUCAUCCUCUCCAACACCCACGAAGGCUCCCACCCCUGGCCCUACACCCCCUCUCGCCCCGCCCUAACCGUUGAUGUGCUCCUCCACUGCGGCGAUCUAAUGCAAGUAGACGGCCUGUCCGCCUUCAAAAAAGCCAUGUCCAACAUCCGUACAAUCGACGCAGAACUCAAACUUGUGGGCGAAAAUGUCGAGGUAGGAGAUGAUAUCGAGGAACCACUGGAAGAUCACAAAGGGUGUGUAUUUUACCUGGAUGAAGGAACGCAUACAUUUACGCUCAAUGAUGGAAGGACGUUCUCGAUAUACGCGAGCCUGUACACGCCAGCGUUCGGCGAUUAUGCGUUCACGUAUGGGGACCAUGCAGAUCGGUUCAACGCAGGCGCUAACCCGGUCCUAGCGGAUGUCGAUAUAAUCAUGUUGCACGGACCGCCUGCAUUCCCAGCGUAUGCGGACUAUACGCUCGAUACUGCGUGUGAUGGAAGGCAUUGUGGUUGUGAGAAGCUUGCUAAAGUUGUGAAGAGAGCGCAACCGAAGCUGCAUUGCUUUGAGCAUAAUCAUGAAGGUAGGGGUGCGGUGAAGAUGAGCUGGGGUGAUGAGAGGCUAGAGGAAGUCAGUGGUGUGAAGGAAGAUGCGUUUGAGGUCGUGCAGGUGAAGAAGUACAGGAAGGGCGAAACGAUGCUGGUUAAUGCGGCAAUGUUUGGGGAGGACAAGGAGUGGAUUGAUGAUAUGAAGGUGUGA